UUUUAUAUGGAGUCAUUUCCUUUCUCCUCUUACAAGAUUCACAUAGUUUCCAAAUUCAAGUUGAUGCUGCGGCAUAAAUGCGUACGAUUCGUUUAGCACAUUUUUACUUUCUAAUAUGGCUUUCUUUCAGCUAUUACUGCUGAGUGGAAUUAUUAUGCUAAGUCAAACCCUGACUGAAGAAAAUACAACAUUAUUAUUAGUUCAGACACUUUUUCGGCAUUCAGAUCGAGCUCCCGUGUUCAUAUAUCCGAAUGAUCCAAAUAAUCCCGAGAUCUGUUGGCCCAAUGGACUGGGAAUGUUAACCCAGCUUGGAAAAAUGCAACACUAUGCAGUCGGAAAAUUUCUUCGAUCUCUGUACAAAGAUUUUAUUACAACAAAUCCCAGAGAGGUCUAUGCAAACAGUUCAUCAGAGGACCGGUGCUUGAACAGUGUCGAAUCGAACCUAGCUUCUUUCUAUGCUCCAGACGAAAAAUGGCAAUUUGAGAAGGAUUUCGACUGGCAACCCAUCCCCAUUCAUUAUCUACCGAUGGAAGUGGAUAAAUACUUGAAUUUUGAUGUUCCAUGCCCUCGAGCUGAAGCUGAAUUUGACAAUUUGCUUGAUUCAAAAGAAAUACUAGAUAUGUACCAGACACAUCAGGAUUUGGUGGAAAAUGUGACGAAGUUUUCGGGACUAAAUUAUACUGAAGGAGGAAAUCCUCUUUUUCUUUACGAUACGUUGAAAGUUGAGAAAAUCCACGAUCUCAUUAUUCCAGAAUGGGUGGACACCUAUUGGGAUGAAAUGAGUGUUAUAGCAUUUGCUAUUUUCCGGACUUUCUACAGUUCAUAUGUUCAACUCAAACUACGUAUGGGACCGUUUCUCGAAAUUAUAAGCAAAAACUUGAUGGAUAAAGUAAAUGGACAGAAUCCUCAUUUGAAAGUCGUAAUGAAUUCUGCACACGAUCUGAACGUUGCAGCACUUUUGCUAGCUUUGAAUUUCACGGACAUGCCACGACCUCCCUAUUGUGCUACCUUGUUGAUUGAGCUUCACGAGAUGUCUGAUGCGUCGAUGGCUGUACGAUUGCUCUACAUGAACUCCACUGAACCUCUAAGGGAGGUUGAAGACCCUCAUGUUCUUGUUAUGUAUGGCUGCACGGAAUUCUGCCCCUUAGAGACAUUCAUCAAGAGCUAUCAACAUUUGAUACCGGAUAACUGGUCAGAAGAAUGUCAACUCAAGAAUUAACGUGGAUUCGACUUAAGCGCAGAGCCCGUUUGGCGACGUAAAAUUUUUUGAUGGCGAUCUUUCGCCAAAUGUAAUUUUGUAAACCUAAAAGAUUUUUGUUAUUAUUUUAUUUGUAACUAUCUAAAAUGAAUGUUUGGCGAGUACGUUUGGAAGUUUGGCAUAAUUUUUCUUGAUUGUCGAGAAACCAGACAUCAAUUUUAAAUCUAACCUUAACAUGGUCUGAGAAACCAUCAAAGACCUGGGAAAAUUCUGUUCCUUUACACAAUUGUAAAAAAAAAAGUUUUGAAGCUCUUUAUUUUAUCGAAUUAAGCUUCACAAGGAAAUGUAUUCAAAUUGUACUCAAGAUUUAAUUUAUAAUCUUUUUCUCUUCGGCUUGCGAUAGUUUGUAUCGCAGAGCCCUGAAAUGUAUCUAACUUUAUUCCAAGAGUGUGAUUUGUUUAAUAAAUAAAAUUUUCUCGUUUGCUA